AUGAGGCUGCCCAACAUCCUGCUCACAGGUACACCAGGGGCUGGAAAGACCACACAAGGUAAAGUACUUGCAUCAAGAACGGGACCGACAUACAAUAAUGUGGGUGAUUUAGCACAAGAAGGACAUUUAUAUGGCUUUGAUGGCUUUGAUGAAGAAUGUGAAUGUCCCAUUUUGGAUGAGGACACAGUAGUUGAUGAGUUAGAAAAUAAAAUGAAAGAAGGAGGAGUUAUUGUUGAUUACCAUGGCUGUGACUUCUUCCCUGAACGAUGGUUUCAUAUCAUUUUUGUGCUUCAAACAGAUAAUUCUGUACUGUAUACAAGACUCGAAAAGAGGGGAUACAGUGUAAAGAAACUACAGGACAGUAUUGAGUGUGAAAUUUUCCAAAUUCUUUAUGAAGAAACCAUGGCCUCCUACAACCGUGAAGCAGUACACAGGCUGCCCAGCAACGUACCAGAAGAACUAGAGAAUAAUUUAGAACAGAUAAUGAAAUGGAUUGAGCAGUGGAUCAAAGAUAAUAACUGA